CGGGACCCUGUUGUUGGGCGUGCUAAAAGUGAUUUCGUGUAUUACGUAGCCUACGACUCUUCUCUACCUAAUUUGUUCACAGAGAGGAGACUGUAGCCGAUACAUGGAUUAGCAGUUAUGGACAAGACGACAUUUCGAAUCCUGUUGGUAAAAAUUGUUCUGAUCACGUUCUGUCAAAGCGUUCCAGACGUGGACUUUAUUUGUAACGAGGGCUUUUAUUUCAAUAAGACAAUUCAGCGCUGUUCUCAGUGUAGCCGCGGGUGUCCUCCCACCUCUCCCAUCCUACAGUGUGGCUGCUCAGCAUACAGAGAUCUGAUUUGCACUGACUGCCCGGUCGAUACUAGAUACAAUAGCGAGAUCGACACUUGUGUACCUACCAGUCUCAUCGGUUGUCCAACUAAGACAUCGACGAGAUGCCCAGAGACGGGACUCUGUUUGAGAAAUGGGACGAUGGGUCGAGACAUGUGUGUCUGCAAUACACGCACACGAUCGGAUCAGUGCGACACGUUGAUAGUGAUAGAGAGUGAGAGUACGUGUUUUCUAUCAAGGAUCGAGCCUGUUCAACGCUCGUCGGACUUGAUCAGCUACCGAGCCGACAAUACAAAGAUCGAGGCCGAUGCUGCUCUGAUCGGCUUUAUUGUGGCAGUCUGUUGCAUUGGAUUGGUUGUCAUCUCGGUGUUUGCCAUUUUGGUUAUUGGAAUUGCUUGUCAUAAUCGGGUUAUCAUGUGGCAGCAUCGUCGAGACCUACGUCGCUUACGUAGAGAGAGACGAUUGCGCGACGCCCGGAGACAAGCCGAGACGGAGAGACGACGGGAACAAGAGGACAGUCAUGAAGAUGACGACUCUAGCCGUGGAACGGCAUCACAACAGGCAGACAACAGUGCAAUACACGGCAAUACUAUCAAUAUGAGCAACCUAGAAGAAACCGUUAGUGACGAAAACGUUGACUAAUGUUUUACCUCUUUGUACUUUACAAUGUACGUAUGCAUGCAUUUGUGUACAGUAUAACAGCUGCAAUACAUUUAAUUAUUUGGUUAGUGAUAUUCCACUUCAUUUAUUAAUUAACUAAGAAAUUGAAAAUAAAGUGUGGCUACAA